AUGAGGCCACCUCGCCGACACUAUUUGCUGCUACUGUUUUUGGGUAUCAGUGUUGGCAUUUCUGCCGUUGAAGAGACCUCUACACCAGCUAAUGAAACCGUAAAAGCAGAGAAGCCAAGUGCAGAUUUAUCUCCAAAAACACUUUCUCGAGCAAAGCGACAAUGUUGCUAUCAGAUGCAGACGAGCUGCUGUCCACAACAGCAGCAGCAACCUCAGUGCAAUUGUGUAGCCUUACAAAUCCAGGUACAACAAUGUGACUGCGCUAACAUGCUGCCGGCACAAUGCGGAUGUCAGGUCUCACAAAAUCCUUCGUGCGACUGCGGACAACUGCAACAACAAUAUAGCAGUUGUGGCUGCGGUGCACCACUCACUUAUCAGGUAUCAUGCAAUCAAUGCCAAGCUGCUCCACAGCCAAUGUGUGCUCCAUCGUGCAUGCCGUCAUGUCAGCCGGGUUGCAUGCAACAGCAGCAGCCGCAGUACAUCGUCAUGCAGCAGCCAAUGCAACAGCAACAACAAUGCGCUCCAGCCUGCAUGCCGUCCUGCCAGCCGCAGUGCAUCCAGCAGGCCUGCACGCCAGCGUGUCAGCCGAUGUGCGCGCCACAGUGCGUGCAACAGCAGCAACAAGUUCCGCAGAUUAUCGUUGUGCAACAGGAGCCUCAGCAACAGUGCGCGCCGGCCUGCAUGCCCGCGUGUCAGCCGCAAUGCGUGCAACAAGCCUGUGUUCCAGCAUGCCAGCCCACCUGCUCUCCACAAUGCAUUGAGCAGCAACAGCAACAGAUCAUCGUCAUGCAGCAGCCACUGCAGCAGCAACAACAAUGCGCUCCAUCUUGUAUGCCAGCUUGUCAGCAGCAGUGUGUGCAAGCAUGCGGUUCAAAUUGCAACCAACAACAGCAGCAGCAGCCACAAAUUAUCGUCGUACAGCAGCCACCCCAACAGCAGCCCCAAUGCGCUCCAGCAUGCAUGCCAGCCUGUCAGCCGUCAUGCAUAGAACAACAACAGCAGCAGAUUAUCGUCGUUCAACAACCACAACAGCAGGAUCAGUGCGUGCAGUCGUGCAUGCCCUCUUGUCAACCCUCGUGCGUGCAGCAGGCGUGUGCACCGGCCUGUCAGCCGAUGUGCUCUUCCCAAUGUGUCGAACAGCAGCAGCAACAGAUUGUCGUCGUACAGCAACCAUCUCUGCCUCAGCCAUCUUGCGCACCUGUCUGUCAGCCGAGCUGCUCCCCUCAGUGCGUUCAGCAGCAACAGAUCUGCGCAGCCGCUUGUGAGCCCAGUUGCCAGAGUUCUUGCAGUUCCAAUGCUCAAUGCGUGCAGGCAUGUCUGCCCAGCUGCGAAUCCUCUUGCGUCCAACAGUCCAGCGGUCCUGUCGUCGUCGUCCAACAAGCGCCAAAUAACUGCCCAACUGCUUGUCAGCCAUCAUGUACACCUCAGUGCCUCCAACAGCAACAAGUCUGUGCUUCCGCUUGCCAGCCUUCAUGCCAAAGUUCUUGCAGUGGAAACCAGCAGUGCGUGCAAGCCUGCAUGCCAAGUUGUCAGGCGACUUGCGCUCAGCAACCCAUUCAGCAAGCCCAGGCCCAAGUGAUACUGCAGGUCAUGCAGGCGGCAGCUCAGCAGCAGCAGUGUGCACCAGCUUGUCAACCGUCAUGCCAACCGCAAUGCGUUCAACAGCAGCAGCUGUGCGUUCAGGCUUGUCUGCCAAGCUGCCAAAAUGCAUGCAGUGGAAAUAUGCAGUGUGCACAGACAUGUCAAGGCAGUUGCGAACAAUCUUGCGCCACGCAACAAGUGGUCGUCGUUCAAGCCCAGCCGAUUUGCGGACAAGCUUGUCAGGCUCAGCCAGCAUUGCAAUGUUCUCCACAAUGUCAGCCCACUUGUCAACCGUCCUGCCAGGCUCAGGCCAGCUACAGUCAAAUGCCGGCCAUUGUGAUGUGCUCACAACCGGCCGGACAGUGCAGUUGUGGUUCUGGAUAUUCACAAUGUAUGCAAGGAGUAUGUUGUCUACGAAAGCGACAUCGUUCAGCCAAGAACAAAGCCUAG